AGAAAUUAUAAUCAGGACAGAUAAGUAUCGUAGUACACAAAUUCAAAAGGCUGUGAGCCACUGGAGACCACCAAGUUGUAUUUGAACAGGACUGUUCUGAGUCAGUUCUGUUGGAAGGUUGUUUAGAUUAAUUGCUUUCAAUAAAAACAUUUCCCAUCUGACUGGAGAUAACUGACCUUCCACGUACAAAUAAGACAAAGGAUCAAACCAAAACCCCAGUCACGUCGCACAGCAAACCUGGAAUUGCCAUUAUGUUUGACUUCCUGGCUUCCCAAGACCAAAGGGCUGCCUUCAAAGCCAACCUGCAGGGAGCCGCAGGGCUGCUUUGCAGAAGUCACGUAUGGUUGAACGCUGAUCUGAACCCCCUGCGGGUGGCCCCAUCAUUGCUAUGGGCUAUGUAGACCCACGAGGGCUAUGAGACCCGCGAAAUGAAAACUUGUUUGCCGUUUAACUUGUCGCAGUUAAUCUGCCAGGUCCUGCGCAGGCCUCCCGUUGGGCUGUUCAGUACCGACUCUGAGGUGCCCGCUCAGGACGCAGCGGUGCCACCAGCUCCGACCAGGCGAUGGCAGCCGGCGGCGCAUGCGCGCACGCUUCGUUUGGCCGUUGCCGCGGUAACGAGCCGCAGGCGGCGGAGAUGGGGCCGAAGCGGCUGCUGCUGCGCUACUUCCCGCCGGGAAUUAUUCUGGAAUAUGUAGAAGGUGGUGAGCUGAAGACCAGAUCUAUAGAUCUACUUGAUCUUAGUCCUCACUCAGAUGUCGUUGCCUUAGUAGAAGAAAUUCAAAAAGAAGAACCUCUCAUCACAGCUUCUUGCAAGGAACACGUCAUACGUUUAGUACAAAGAUUGCAAGAGAAACUAGGGGAACAAGAGGACCACAAAUUCUAUCUUUUUAAGGUACUUAGGGCACAUAUAUUGCCACUGACAAAUGUAGCAUUCAACAAAUCUGGUUCCCGCUUUAUCACAGGAAGCUAUGACAGAACCUGCAAAGUAUGGGAUACUGCGUCAGGAGAAGAGUUGCAUACACUGGAGGGACACAAAAACGUUGUUUAUGCAAUAGCUUUUAAUAAUCCCUAUGGUGACAAGAUUGCCACUGGAUCUUUUGAUAAAACCUGCAAACUGUGGAGUGCUGAAACAGGAAAAUGUUAUCAUACUUUCAGAGGACAUACUGCAGAAAUAGUAUGUUUAUCAUUUAAUCUUCAGAGCACAUUGGUGGCAACUGGAAGCAUGGAUAGAACUGCCAAAUUAUGGGAUAUAGAGAAAGGAGAAGUAGUAUUUACUUUAAGAGGGCACUCAGCAGAAAUUGUUGCAUUGUCUUUUAACACCACCGGAGACAGAAUUAUCACCGGCUCCUUUGACUGCACAGUAGGAGUGUGGGAUGUUGUCACUGGCAGGAUGUUGCAUAUUUUAAUAGGCCAUCGAGGAGAAAUUAGCAGUGCACAGUUCAACUGGGACUGUUCUCUUAUUGUCACUGGAUCAAUGGACAAAACAUGCAUGCUGUGGAACGCUAUGACUGGUGCGCAUAUAGCAACCUUAACAGGUCACAGUGAUGAAGUAAUGGAUGUCUGCUUUGAUUAUGCUGGCCAGCGUAUUGCAACCGCCUCUGCUGAUGGAUCAGGAAGAGUCUACAGUGCAGAAACAAAAAAGUGCAUUGCAAAACUUGAAGGGCAUGGAGGUGAGAUUUCAAAGAUAUGUUUCAACCCUAAAGGCAAUCGUAUUCUAACAGCCAGCUCUGAUAAGACAGCUCGACUGUGGGAUGCUGCUACUGGACACUGCCUUCAGAUAUUAGAGGGCCACACUGAUGAGAUAUUCUCCUGUGCUUUCAAUUACAAAGGCAAUAUAAUCAUUACAGGGAGCAAGGAUAACACCUGUAGAGUAUGGCACUGACUGAAGACAAGGAAAGAUCCAGUGUGGUAUGUGCCUAUAUCUUGAGUUCCACAGUCAAUAAACUCAGUUUUUUAGAUAUGCUUGA